AUCUUUCAUAAAAUGAACGUGUCAAUGUUAUCUUGUGGCUUUGGCUUCAUCUGAUUUGAAGAACCUGUUACCUACAAAGACAAGUAAAUGUUACAUUAUAUACAUAUAUAUGAAUAUGAAAUUCAAUAACUACUAUUAUAAUAUUAAAGAUUUUCUCCUUCUGAAUUGGUCUAUCACGUUAUAUGUGGACAUUAGACCAUCUCCAAUGGUACUCUAUAAUUUUCUCUAUAUUUCACUCUAAAAUAGAGUAACUCUAUUAUAGAGUUGAAUUUGCUCCAAUGGUUCACUCUAUAAUAGAGUUACUCUAUAAUAGAGUUAAAUAUAGAGUAAUCUUGUUUUUUCAGUCUAUAUUUGGAGUAAAAAAAUAAGAUUACUCUAUAUUUCAUUCUAUUAUAGAGUGAACCAUUAGAACAAAUUCAACUCUAUAAUAGAGUUAUUCUAUUUUAGUGUAAAUUAUAGAGGAAAAAAUAGAGUUCCCUUGGAGAUGUUCUUACUGACAUGAUUGAAUUGUUUUUAAAAAAAAUGUUUUGCGCUGUUUUGUUCUUCGUUUAUAUAAAUCUUUGUGCUCGGUUUUGUUCUUUCUCAUAAGUCGUACUAAUCAAGAAAGAACAAAAAAAUGACAAGAAUAAUUACACACUUUGCUAUUGUCCUGGUUUGCUUCUUCUUACUCUCUCUACAAACCAUGUCCCAAUCUGUAGAAAUAACGUAUGGUUGCAACCAAACCUCCACCACUUUCAAUAAUUCUAGCGCUUAUCGAUCAAACCUAGAAACUGUCCUCUCUACCCUUCGCGACCGUUCUUCCCUCGGAAGCUAUGCCAACACCACGGCCGGUCUUAGCCCAAACACAGUCUAUGGCAUGUUCCUCUGCAGAGGAGACAUCAAUAGAGCAUCUUGUUCAAACUGUGUCCGUUCCGCAACGUCAAACGUCGGUGAAACUUGCAAUUCUGACAAAGGAAAUUUCAUAUUCUAUGAUGAAUGUAUUGUUCGGUACUCAAACUUCUCUUUCUUCACGCUCUUCGAGGAUGGACCUGCCUUCGGUAGAUUCUCUAUGCUCAGUUCUUCAGAAUAUCCUGAAAUUUUCAACCAAACACUUAGUGGAAUACUAAACGAGCUCAUCCUCAGAGCCUCCUCAUCUUCAUCAUCACCGAUUCCAUAUUUUGUGGAGGAUCAAGAACAUGUUACUCAAUUGGAAAGUUCUUAUGAUUUAAAGGCCAUCGUCCAGUGUAGUCCUGAUCUUGAUCCACGAAACUGCACCCUGUGCUUGAGACGUGCAGUCCAAUAUUUAUCUGGAUGUUGCGGCCAAGCUCGUGUGACAUCGGCUAAUAUAUUAUUUCCUAAAUGUCUUCUCAAUUAUAACAUCUCCGCGUUGCAACGGAGUCGUGGCGUUAUAAAUGGUUAGUAUAUAUUUUUCUUAAUUUAUAUGCAUUGCGCGGAUGUUACAAAAAAAAAAUAUAUAUAUGCAUUGCGCGGUUGUGGUCUCUCAUAUUCUGAUCAUAUUUAUUAUCAAUUGGUUUUAAGAAAAUCAUAUCGGAAACUUAAGAAAAUCAACACAUAUAUAUAGACAUAUUUGGUAUCAAUUGGUUUUAAGAAAAUCAAUUUAUUUAGUAUCGCUUGGUACAUAUUUAAUAUCAAUUGGUUCUAAGUGCGAAACACAUACAUCAAUUUUUGAAUUUUCAACUUUUAUGUUGAAUCAGUAGAAACAUAAUUUUUAUUUAGAUUGAUUUUUUGUCGUCUUCUAUUUUUAAUAAAAGCUUUUUAUCUGUCUGUUUUACAGGAAACGAAAUAUUAGGGAGAUCGUUUAUUGCAAUUAUGACAGCUUUGGUGUUAGCAUCAACAGAUUUAUGAUCAGAUGUAGUGAUGUUUAAGGAUUGUGACAAAUGAUUUAUCUCUGUGUUCUCUUGAUUUGAGUGACGUACGACGUGUUGUAUAACAAAUUUGUUUGCAAAGUUUCAGGAUGCAACAUACUUAUAACAUAAUCAAACAGCUAAAUAAUGAUUUAAGGAAUAACCAGUUCAUUCAUCCACCAAAUUCUCACCAACAAGAGGCUUUGAUUCAACAACUUACCUUACUUAAACUGAAAUAUUGAAAUACUAAGGUUUUCUACUUUUCUCACGACAGCGCGGUAGAUGAUUUGGUUUUAAAUAGCGAUCGCUUUGGUCGCCAUGGCGCGAGGCGAGGUGUAGCGGUGACCUCGUCGCUUCAUCACCUCAAAGCCAAGCGAGGUACACAUAGCGAUCGCUAUUGAACGCUUUAGUAGUAGUUCCUAAGGCGCCUAUAGCGAAGCUUCAUUGAUUUUAGACAAACCAACUUGGUUUGUACAGAUUUAGGUUAUUAAACCGAGGCCCUUUUACCAUGAAGCUUUGCCGUCUAAUAUAAUCUAUCAACAAACCCUAACUCAGUCUACUAUAUGAUAAUUCCCUAAAGUUUUCAUCAGCUCUUUCUUUGAUAUUAUUCUUCUCUAUUCACGGCCUUACAAAUCUUCUCCCUAGCUCUUUUCUUUCUCGGUUAGUUCUCUGUUCUCAUAUACUAUUUUCUCCUAUCAAGCAAACCUCUAUUCUCCUCUCGCAUCAUUCUUCCCUAGUCUCAUAUUCUUCUCUUCUACUUUGAACUUCUACUAUGUAUGAGACCGGAGGAUCAUCCAACAAACUCAAUGAAUUUGUUGUUUUAAUUUCUCCUUUACUGUGUUUUUGCUAUUGCCAUGUCAUAACAUGGAGUUAUAAAUAAAAAAAACACCGUUUUAAAUGUGUUACACAUGGCGAUCGACUUGCCUCGCCAUGGCGCUUGGCGAGAGUCGAGCCCCUAAUCGCGUUGGCUCGCCACACGCAAUUUAAAACCCAGAUAUAGCCCUGUUCGUUUGGUUGCCGCAGGUUUCGGCGUCAGCGGCGGCGGCAGCGUCAAUGAAGACAGUUGUUGUUCGUUUCGCAGACGCUAACGCUGCCGCUGACGCUGCCGCAUAUCAUAUCGCGACCGCAGGUUUUAUCGGCGUCAGCCGCAAGACGCAGCGUUCGGACGCUGUCGCUGCCGCCGGUUCCUGCUUCAACGAAACGAACAAGAGUUGACGCAGAAUGUUGACGCUGCCGCUGCCGCCGGUACCUGCGGCAACCAAACGAACAGCCCUAAUACAAUAUACGCUGAGUCAAGUCUACAAAAUUAUUAUGAAACAAGAUUCACUAUAAACAAAGACCAACAGGAAGAUUCUUGCUUCUAUGUGUACACAUUCAAAAUUAAACACAACAUAAGUAACAUUAAAUUACACACAUGUACACUUCAAAUCAUAAGUUAAAACAACACAAGCCAUCCCAUUACAUUCUCACAACGGAACACAUAACUCUCAAGUCUCAUUUCAUUGUCAACAGAAGACUCCGGUUCCAAAAUUCAGUUCACAUCCUCCGGAACAAACCGGUUUAUCUGGUCAGCAUUCUGUGCGGUUUCAUCAUCACGGUCCCUUGUUUUGGUUUAUCCUCCCUAGUUUUGGCGACUUUGCUCGAGUUAGAGGAGGCUGUAUGGAACUAAAGAACAGCAAUCAAUCAAAACCAUUAAUGCAUAACGUAUUGAAAAACAGAAAAUAGGAAUGUUAUGUCACCUCUUUUCUUUUCUCUUCUCCGCACGCUCCGUGGAUAGAAAUGAAUGAGCUGCGGUGACAAUAGUUCUUGAUUUAGCCGAAGUGGCACUGUCAACAAUAGUUACACGUUCAGGGGAUAAAUGUUUAGACAAUUGUAAGUUGAAAAGAAAUAAAUUUAUAGAAGCCUGAAUAUGAUAAAUAUAAUUAUUAUUAUAGAUGCAGAGCUUUUCGGUAACUUUCACAUUCUCAUCGUCAUCAAAAAUUACAUAUAAAAUAUAAAAAUAUUCAAUUUUGACAUAAAUAAUCAAUAUAAUAUAAAAUUUUAAAAAUAUCUAGAUCGCAAAACGUAAACCUUUCCAACUAAGGGUAUGAAUGGUGACCAAGGAACGACGAGGAACAAAUGCAUUCCUUAACAUUCCUUAAAAAAUCAUCAUUUAUAAAAGAAUAUUUUUUUCUUUUCAUUCCCUACCAUUCUUUUUUUUGUAGAGAAAUAAAGAACAAAUUAAUUUUUUGUUAACUAUGGGAUGGAACCACCAUUCCUUUUUAUUCCUGCAAUUAUAUUCCUCUACGUUUCUUUUCUAUUCGUUUCUUUUGUUUUCUAAAUGGUCACCAGUCGGACCCUAAGUAUGUAUACAAAUUAGUGCUUUAACAUGUCUUGGUAGGAGACAAGUUCUAUAUUUAUUUAAGACAUGAACACCAAUGUUUAAACUAGACUUUGAUGCCACCAUAGUUAUUGGAAUUCUAUAUUUGUUUAACAAAUUAGCACUAAUUCUAUAUUUGUUUAAGAUAUGAACACCAUUAAUUGCUAAAUAAUUAAAUAAAUUAAAAUAUAAGUUUCAAAUUUCUGGAUCGGUUCUAUCUCAAACAGGCUUAAACCUAGAACAAUUAAGAUCUUAAUGGGUUAAACCCGAAAUGUCCAAAUUUUUAGGCUUAUAUAAUUAAGCCCAAACCCAGUAAUUUAUUUGAUUGGACAGGCUUCAGCCCUAAUUGACAUGUCUAUUCAUCCUUAAUAUUAGAGGGUUUUUGGCAGAAUUGCCCCAUUUGGAGUAUAUGGCAGUGGAAUCUAAUAGAAUCAUCAAAAAUAGAUCCAGACUGUGAAUAACAUUGGAAGAAAAGAUCUUAUGCAAACUCUUCUUGGAAGGCAAAAGAUACGUUUUGUGUAGUGUAUGAAUUUAAUGUAAUAUAAAAGCUCUCUGAAUUUUUUUUUGUUUGAUUAGACAGAGGCUACAAGACCUUCAUACAUCUAUCAAACUUAGAUCUGGAAGCAGAGGAAAAAAGGAACAUUGAGAGAUGGAAUUGGAUUCAUAUGCAAGAGAAAAAUGGAGAAUCUAAAGAGACAACUUGUGCAAAUGUGAGAAAUUCAAACAAUAUUUUGCUAUACGUACUUGUUUUUUUCAAACCAUAUGACAGUCAUCAAGAACCAUCCAUGAAUAGGAGUUUAUAGUUUGAACACCUUUCGUUUGGUUAAAAAAAACAAAUAACUAAUUACAAUUUAUUAUUGUGUGUGCAUAGAAGAAGAUACAAGCUAAGCUUACAAACAUUAACCGAGUUUAAUAAAUUAUUGCAACACCGAUCAUGGUAAAUCUAGUUUCACCAGCUCACCUUGCUUCCAUCACCGUGAUGGAAACUCUAUUUACUGAUGCAUUUUCCGUUUCUGGUUGCUCAACCUCUGUAUCUGGUGAGCUUCUCCGGGGACCAUCAUAGAAA